CACGUUGACUAUGUACUUCCAGCAGUACUGGCGAGAUAAGAGGUUGGCCUAUGCUGGGAUCCCUCUCAACCUCACGCUCGAUAACCGAGUGGCAGAUCAGCUUUGGGUGCCUGACACUUACUUCUUAAAUGACAAGAAAUCAUUCGUGCACGGCGUCACUGUGAAGAACCGAAUGAUUCGCCUUCACCCGGAUGGGACGGUGCUCUACGGCCUCAGAAUCACAACCACUGCAGCUUGUAUGAUGGACUUGAGAAGAUACCCAUUAGAUGAACAAAACUGUACUCUGGAAAUAGAAAGCUAUGGCUACACAACUGAUGACAUAGAGUUCUACUGGAGAGGUGGAGAUAACGCAGUCACUGGAGUGGAGAGGAUUGAACUUCCUCAGUUCUCCAUUGUGGAAUACAGACUGGUGUCAAAGAAUGUUGUCUUUGCCACAGGUGCCUAUCCAAGACUCUCACUGAGCUUCAGGUUGAAGAGGAAUAUUGGAUACUUUAUUCUCCAAACCUACAUGCCCUCCAUACUGAUUACCAUUUUAUCAUGGGUGUCAUUCUGGAUCAAUUAUGAUGCAUCAGCAGCAAGAGUUGCCCUUGGGAUUACAACUGUGCUGACUAUGACAACAAUCAACACUCACCUGCGAGAGACUUUGCCUAAAAUUCCAUAUGUUAAAGCCAUUGAUAUGUAUCUCAUGGGCUGCUUCGUGUUUGUCUUCUUGGCCUUACUUGAAUACGCCUUUGUCAACUACAUUUUCUUUGGAAAAGGCCCUCAAAGGCAGAAGAAACUUGCAGAAAAAACAACAAAGGCAAACAACGAUCGCUCAAGGUUUGAAGGCAACAGGGUGGACACCCAUGGAAACAUCCUGCUGACAUCACUGGAGAUUCACAACGAGGUGGCAAGCAACGAGGUCACCACCAGCGUGACAGAAGCCCGAAAUUCAACAAUAUCCUUUGACAGCUCAGGAAUCCAGUACAGAAAACAGAGCUGCCACCGGGAAAGCCUCGGCAGGCGCUCGUCGGAACGAACAGGCACCCACAGCAAGAGGGGCCAUUUACGACGAAGGUCUUCGCAACUGAAAAUCAAAAUCCCUGAUCUAACAGAUGUCAAUGCCAUCGACAGAUGGUCAAGGAUGGUCUUUCCAUUCACAUUUUCUCUUUUCAACUUAAUUUACUGGCUAUACUAUGUUAACUGAGUGACUGAGUUUUUUUUUUUUAAAGGACUUCAAUAAUAAAAAGCAAAGUACUACUUGCCUGCAGAGUUUAUAUAUAU